AUGUGUUCUCUAUUCGAUUCUGAGAGUAAUGAUUCCGUCUUGGUUGGCCCGGGAGACAUUCGCGACUUCAACUCAGACAACAUUCUUCCACUGCCAGCUGCAGACCUGGUCAAGAUCAGACAAUGGCUCCAGCCAACUGCGUAUGAUCUGGAACGAAGUGAAUAUUCCAGACAUCGCGCAUCGCAUCUAGUGGGGACGGGCAAAUGGCUCACUUCCAUGAAGACAUAUCAGCAGUGGCACUCCGGCGAUAAUGGACUCCUAUGGAUCAAAGGCAUCCCCGGCUCGGGAAAGUCCGUCAUAGCUGCCUCGAUUAUCGACCAACUGCGCAAGGAAGAAGUUCCAGUCAUAUAUUUCUUCUUCCGACAAAUCAUUGAUGCAAACCAUAAGCCUAUCACCGCGUUGCGUGACUGGCUGUGCCAAAUUCUGAAUUACAGCCCUCCACUCCAGGUCAAACUGAAGGAGUACAUUGAUAACCAGCGGUCAAUUGAGAGUCUCUCUCCGAGUGACAUUUGGAAAGACCUCAAGCUGGCCCUAGAGUCAUUCCCCAAGGCUUAUUGCGUCACGGAUGCCUUGGAUGAGAUGGACGAGGGGAAUGACUGGUUUCUCCAUUCCUUGGUAGAGCUGGGCCAGUGGCGCCCUUCAAAUGUCAAAUUCUUGAUCACUUCACGUCCGGUAGCCUCUGUGGAGGCUCCUUUGCGAACAUUCCCCGUUCUCCAGAUUCGAUUAGAAGAGCGACUGGUAGAUCUCGAUAUUGCCACCUACGUCCAGCACAAGCUUCGGAACUCGCCUAUCCCCAAAGAGCACUGGAAUAUCAUAGAGGAAUCGAUUCCCGGUCGCGCGAAUGGCCUGUUCUUAUAUGCAAGGCUUUCGAUGGAUGCGUUCCUUGAACCGGGUGCUGAUGUGCACGAGGUCCUCAAAGCUCUGCCUACUGACCUCAACGUGAUGUAUAAUGGAUUGUUACGGGAACAUGCGAAGCGCUCAAAUGUAUCUGAUGAAAUCCAGCUUCUCGUCCUGCAGUUUGUUACUCAUGCAACACGCCCUCUACGUCUUCUUGAGAUAGCCGAAGUGAUGAAUACUGUACACUUUUCAAGUGGCAGCCACAGCCUAAAAGAGACCAAAGAGCUGGUUAGAGCUGCUUGCGGCCCACUUCUGGAGAUUCUGCCGGACGAGACGGUCUCGGUGGUUCACCACUCAUUCACCGAGUUUCUCAAGGGAUUCACCCGAUCCAAUGACUCGGACGAUUCCGCAUAUCCGGUUCUCCAUUCUGGGUCAACGAAUCAAUGUCUUGCUGUCGCAUGCUUGAAUUACCUCAGAUCUGGAUGUCUCGACAACCAGAGGGUCAAGAGAAGCGACAAUGAUGAAUUCUACUAUCCUAAAAAGGCAGAGCAAAGUGAACUGAGGCUGCAAUUCCCAUUCUUAGGAUACGCCGCAAACAAUUGGUACAAACACACCCGGCGCGCAGCAAGUGCCGGUGCAAACAUGUCCCACGUCUACGACCUGCUUGACACAUUCUUUGCGGAAAAGCAUAGAUAUAAUGUGUGGCUGGACAUUGCCUGGCCCACUUCGACUAUUGAAGGUGUCACACCGUUUCAUGUUGCUGCCCGGACUGGAUUGGCUCAGUACAUAGCGCACUUGCUACAGACGGGAGACGUCGGUAUAGAGGCACGGGACUGUAACCACAACACGCCUCUGUAUUGGGCUGCAACUCAUGGUCACACAGAAGCUGUCCAGGUUCUUCUUGACAACGGGGCCGACCCUGACGCGGAGCAAAAUCAGGGCCUGAGACCGCUGCAUCAAGCCGCCAGCAAUAACCGUGCCGAGGUUGUUGAGGUAUUGCUCGCUGCCAGAGUUGACCCACUUACUCCCAAGACCAGAGGUACACCCGGAAAUUGGUGUGGGAAUGCGCCGACAUCAUACGGACACACGCCUCUAAUGUACGCAUGCCAUUAUGGCCAUGUCAAGACUGUGGCCAAGUUUUUACCAUUCUUGAAAGAUGUUGAAAUCUGCCAUCGAGCUCUUAGUUGGGCAGCAGACAAAAGUCGUGCGGCAAUUGUGGAUUUGAUCCUCCACCAUUCUGGCGUGGAUGCCAAUGCAAAGUGGCGCGGAGACACUGCCCUUUUCAGAGCGUGCAAAGCCAGAGACUUUAAGACAAUUGAUGUGUUGUUGAAAGCAGGAGCGGACCCAAACAUAUUUUGCGACAAUGCUGAAGAUGAGUUUGCUGGAAUCUCGUGUAUAUUUUUCGACCAAGAACCUCGCCGACGCCAGGAACCAAGAGGGUUCACAGCGCUACACUCUCUGUGCGAAACUAACGGAUAUUCGAAGUCAAUCCCGUCAGAGUGUGUAGAGGUUUUGCUCAACGCGGGCGCUGAUGUCCAUGUGAAGACUCCCGAUGGAUCGACAGCUUUGCAUUAUGCUUGUAAAUAUAGCACCAACCUGGUCAAGCCUUUGUUGGAGGCGGGUGCAGAUCCUACCGCGGAGAAUGAUGCUGGAGAGACACCCCUCCACACCGACGGCACAACAGAUAAUGAGCUGUUACCCUUGCUUCUGGGGACAGGAACCGUGGAUAUCAACAGGCCUAGAAGUACGGAUGGCAAGACACCGUUACUGUGCCGUCUCAAGGGAAUGUAUAGCAAAUCAGUUGUUGCAUUUUUGGAGUACAAGCCCGAUGUCAACGCCACUGACACCGAGGGAAAUGGCGCUUUACAUGUGGCUCUAAAUGACCGGCAUAUUAAAACCAGCGUGAUUGACGCUUUACUGUGUGCCGGGGCCGAUCCAAACCUGAAGAACAGACACGGCAAUACACCAUUCCAUGUCAUGAAAUAUGGUGUGGAUGCAGCGCUCAUCUGCAGGCUUUUGGAUGCGGGGGCAGACCUUGAGGCGCAAAAUCUCGCGGGCCAAACAGUUCUUUUCACGCAAUUCACUUCACCAGAGAUUAAUAAAGAAGGAAGGCCAGAGAUUUUUGAGAUGCUCAUCAACCAGGGCGCCCGGACAGAUACUCGCGAUUACAAAGGCCGAACUCUAUGGCAUCAUGGAUGUGAGAAGGGGAAGCGCUUAGACCAUCUGAGAAGCCUAGGGCUUGAGCCGAUCGUGACAGACCACGAAGGAAACACACCAUUGCAUGAGGUUGCCGCCGCGACGUCUCAUAGUAAUAAGCUGGAAUCUAUGAAGCAUUUGAUGGGUUUAGGCUUGGAAGUCGACCAACCGAAUCACCGAGGCAGAACCGUCCUGCACAUCCUGUGCUCUAGGACCGACUAUAAAUCCAAAUCAUCCAAGAAAGACCAGCCACUUGAUUAUGUUCUCGGAGUGUCCAAGAACGUGAGCCCUAGUGACAUUGAUGGAAUUCAGCCACUGCAUCUUGCCGCUACAAUUUGCGAAAAUUUUGUUUUCAAACUUCUCAACGCCGGUGCAGAUUUGUUUGCUGUCACCCAUGAAGGCAUGACAGUACUUCAUCUCGCAGCCCGAGCACGUCAAUUCGGCAUUGUGGAUAUGAUUCUAUCUCGACUUGGCAUAUUAGAAGAAAAGGAUCGCAUGGCAUUUGUCAAUCAGAAAAACUGCAAAGGAGAAACAGCUCUACAUUACGCUUGUCGCUCCGGUCGCCCCGAAACUGUCAAAUCGUUGCUUGAAGCAGGCGCAGAUCCUAAUUUGUUAGACAACUCCCAAAACUCACCCUUCACCAUGUGUGCCGAUUUUGAGAAUGAACAAAAGCUGUGGCGCAAUGAUCAGCAGACAUGUGUUGAAGGCCUCAAUGCAGCUGGCCUUUUGCUGAAAGAUCGUACACGUCCGUUUGGUGACAGGAAUCACAGAACGGGUCGACAUGACUUCAGCCAGCUUGAAACAGAGCACGAUACAACGCGACUGGAUGAGAUCAUGGAUUCACUUGUCCAGUAUGGUGCUGUAAUUACUGGGGACCAUGGUUGUCUUCAAAGGGCGUGGCGGGCGGUGAUGCUGCCUCAGUUUGGCUAUACCAUCGACUGUAUUUUGCACCUGGAGGCUCGUGUUACCGAUGCAAAGAUCACUGGAAAUUUGCACCGUGACACGGGCUUCCUUAUUGCUAGCUAUUGUCGCAAAGCGGAAAAAGAGGCCUUGAAAGAAAGCACCAGGCCCGAAGACGGUGAGAAAUGGUCCGAGAGUCGAGCUUCAUCCGCGCAGCGAAGCCUUCUGGAGAGUGCGUUGGCCAUGAGGCAGUAUGAUCUAUUUGAAGAAAUAGCCACGGACAGUGCCUGUCUCAUAGUCCCCGGUUACCAGGGAAGGACAGCCUUGGAUGAUCUUGUCCACUGGGGCUAUAGUGACAUAUUGGCCCGAGUCUGCAGUCGAGAACUUGCAACUAAACUUGAUGAUCAUGAAUGGUGCCGAGAAGCGGAAGCAGCAGACGGCCUCAGCAGAGAUUUUAUUUCACCAUUGAUAGUAUCUGCUUGCACGCGUCAACUUCCCAACAUGGACGUGUUGAAGCAACUCGUUGAGGACUUUGGUGUCAGUAUGGAUGCCCAAUGCAGCGAGCGUGUGUAUCAUGGUGGUGAAUAUCAGAUUCUAAUGACCACGAGCGCCCUUCAUUACCUCGCCACCGGAAAUUGCUGGUGGCAUGUCGACGGAGCCCUGCCGUAUUUGAUAGAGAAGGGUGCCAAUCUAAAUCUGAGGAACCAUGACGGAGCAACACCUCUUCACAUUGCAUUGGCAUCCACAGAGGCUUUCUGCAAGGAAGCUGCCAAAAUUCUCAUCAAAGGCGGUGCAGACGUCAAUGCCGUAGACGACGAUGGCAAUACAUGCCUGUCAAAGGCAGGCAAUGACUUGGAUUUGAUCAAGCUUCUCAUCGCGCAUGGCGCCAAAGUCAGCGCAGCAGCCAUAUUCUCUGCGAUUAAUCUUGGACAGGUUGAGAUACUGGAGGUUCUGCUUUCUCAGGGCGAUUAUGCCAACCUGAGGUCGCCCGGUCCUACAAAGCCCAAAUAUGACGGCUUCAGCUGGAGUGACAUUGUCGAUUCUGAAAUGUUCCCGCUGUUUUAUGCAUCUAGCUUUCAAUGCCCUAAGACCCCGAAUCUCAAGGCAACGAAGGCACGGAUGAUGACAAUACUUCUCAAACACGGCGCAGACCCAUUUGCCGCUUUUGUCAAAUAUACAAAGAAGCCAAGACCUCAUGAUGAGUCGACCGAAGAGCCAGCCCCAGAAUUACCAACAAAAAGCCACACAAUCAUUCAUAAAAUCCUAAGCUCGGGGCACAUGUUUCAGCCAUUCUUCCAGAUUCCAUCUCUGGACCUUGAACGUCGGGACCAAAGUGGCCGCACUCUGCUGUUAGCUGCAUCCAAGAAUCACAAGACAUUGGGAACGAGGAUCAUGCCCACCCAGGAGCAAGACACCACCAAAACAGUCUUUCAAGAACUCAUCGACCGUGGAGCCAAUGUCAUGGCGCAAGACGAUGAUGGAAAAACCAUUCUCCAUCUCAUAGGGAAUUUCAAGUCCGACGCCGAUUUCAUUGAGACCCUCAGGGCUGUCAUCAUCAACAAUCCCAGCCUCACUCAUCAAACCGACCGGGCUGGUGACACACCUCUCCACUACGCACUGCGUCACCGCGCCCACGAUUACGUCGACCUACUUCUAGAGAACGGGGCCGAUCCUACCCAGCCAGACUCCAACGGAGACACGGCCCUUCACCACAUUGCCAGCCAAUUUAAAAAUCGUGCGUUGUUCAAGCGGUUCCUGGCUGCUGGCGUCGACAUCAACGCCCGAAACAACCAAGGCGACACGCCGCUCUUCAAGUACAUCACGAUCGAUUUUGAAUCGAGCUGCCGCAGUGCAAUUUUUGGCCUUGAUCUCUCUUUUGAACACUCGAGCGACGGAGAGUUCAAUGAUCCCGUAUUCAAAUUCUUCCGCGAGGCAGGAGCCGACUUCUUUGCGCGAAACAAUGCACAAUCAUCUUUGCUUCAUCUGCUCGCUGCUAUCAAGGUCGACACCAUAUUCGGCAGCAAAAGUACUCCACUGGUAAUUGUGGAGCGGUUCAAGUGUUUGAUGGAUUUGGGAUUGGAUCCUAUGGCUGAGGAUGCGAGGCAGCGGACUAGUUUGGAUGUUGCUGCUGCGUGUGGGAGUGAACAUAUUCAGAAGUUGUUUGAGCGGAAGCCGAUGGAGUAGGUCGUCAAAGGAGAGGAGUUAGGAAUAUAGCCACAUUCAGAAUUUCUCCAGUAACUUUAUUUGUAAUCCUGGAUUUCGGGACUUCAAACAUUCUGCUAUUCUUGAC